CCAGAGUUCGUGCAAGCUUACAAUGUUGGUGGACUGGUGCCGUGUUUGAUUCUUGCGGUUUCAUUAGGUCCACAGACUGGGUAGGAGAAAAGUUUAACGAGGACCAAAAGUUGACCAAAGGAUAAAACUGAAAAGCUUAUGAGCUUAUCCAACAGUCGCUAAUGGUGCAUCUGUUUACUUUCUCCAUGAAUAAAUCGCUCUCACCUUCUCCUACUUCUUUCCUGUGCGCCUGCGGUCCGGAUAUUAUCAACCCGCCCCCACCCUCUCCAAAGGCAGCAUCUUUGAAUCCAUUUUCAUCAAUAAGACAUGGCACCUGCUGGUUCUCUACGCUUAAUUUAUCCCCCAAAUCAAGCCUACUGGCCCUGCCCCUUUCCAGGCGCCGACGACUCUUCGAAUGCAACGUUCUUCAAGCCACCCCGACCCAUGAAGUCGAUUCAGCAACUUCCCUGUUCGCCCUCUUCCUUGAAAUGGGUAUAAGCAAAAAAGGAACCGACGCUAUUUUGGAGAAUCACCCAGCUCUAAGGGUGGCGCCUUUUGAGUCCAUUCGCACCCAAAUCCAUGGUCUUCAAAACCUUGGAAUUAAUGGUCCUGUGUUAUUUAGAUUGAUUAAAAAAAGACCCGACGUUUUGAUUGCUAAAGAAAUCCAUUCCUUGGUUUGCUUUCUUUCCCAUGAUCUUGUUAAAGAUACGAAUAUGAUUGAGGCUGCCCAGCUUGCCCGCCUUCUUACUGCUACAGACCCAAAACUUUUGUCUGGUUUUGAAGCAAAGGUUCGGUUGAUGUUGGAUCUUGGGAUCCCAACAGAGAGACUUGCUCAUGUUCUCAACAAUGUGAAUUUAACCAAGGCCUUGUGUUUGAAAUCCUAUGAAGAGAUUGAAAGAAUGAUUAGUUUCUUGAACGGGUUUGGGGGUGUGGAGUUGAUACUCCGUCGUCCAGCCAUUCUGAAUUUUGAUCUGGAUUCACAGCUGAUCCCAAGAAUCGAGUUUUUCUUGAAUAUGAGCGGGGGAGAUGAGGUUGCGACAACUACUGUGUUACUGAAGCUGCCUUUCAUUUUAGCGUACACAGUGGACCAUUAUACUAAUCACGUUGACUUCUUCAGAUCAUUUGCUGGGUUAACCGAUGAAGAGAUAUUUAAAAUAAUACUUGUGUAUCCAAGUUUGUUUAGUGCAAGCCGUGAGAGGAAAUUACAUCCUAGAAUCGAAUUCCUUAAGCAAUGUGGGUUCAAUUCUAAUGACAUCUAUAAACUGUUGAUCAAAGCCCCUCUUUUUCUAAGCCUGUCAUUUGAUGAUAACCUUGCAUAUAAAUUAGUCCUUUUGGUGAAGAUUGGGUAUGAACAUAGAACCAAGGAGCUGGGUUUGGCAAUGGGAUGGGUGUGCAGGACUAGUUGUAAGAAUAUGCAGGAGGUGAUCAGCCUGUUCUUGAAUUAUGGGCUCACUUGUGAAGAAAUUCUUGCAAUGGGAAAGAAGCAUCCACAGGUAUUGCAAUACAAUCAUAAAUCAAUGAAGCUGAAGCUGGAUUACUUGACUCAGGAGAUGGGUUAUGAAGUUAAGGAGAUGUUGGCUUUUCCUGCAUUUCUUGGUUAUGGGUUUGAUGGAAGGAUUAAGCACAGGUUUGAAGCUAGUGGCAAAAAUUCAGGGGAAGGGAUGUCCAUUAACAAGCUGUUUAGCAUGUCCACUGCAAGGUUCUCUAAGAAGCAUGAAAAGAAGUUGCCUGUGCUUGUAACAAAAGCUUAGGGUUUUUUUUUUUUUUUUU